AUGCUGUGAUCUUAUACACAAAAAGGGGAAGUGGCUUUCUCUCUAAGUGCAUGCUAUCUCCAUGGCAACUAAUCCCACAGGGAGUAGGGCCAAUUGGUGUAACUGUCCUUGGAUUGACAAUCUACCUGCAGUUUCCUGAGUUGUGAAGUUUUAUCUGGUGAAGAAACAAGUUCAACAGAAUUUCUGAACCAUUGAACUGACACAUGUCCAAUGUGCAUUCUGUGGUGAAAAGUUUGCCAACACAACAAACUUCCUUUCUUCAAGAAUUUCUUCAGUAAAAUCAAGAUCUACUUCAUCAGAGACUUCACUGAAACAGGGUCACAACAACUUCUAGAAUCCAGGAAAACUGCUUUUUUUGUAUAAGUUGUUUCACCUCAGAGUGAUUGACUUCAAGUACAAAGAAACAACCAACCGCCGCAGAAGCAAUUUUAAGUUCACAGGAACUAAAGAUGUUCAGCUUUGGUGUCAUGAUACUAGUGGCAGUUGUAACAACUGCAUCUCUCCAAACUGCAGAGGGUGUUUCCAGUUGCAACUGCACCAGAACCCAUCCACAGCAGCACUACUGUACAGCAAAUUACGUGGUCCGUGGUCGAGUGGUUUUAAUACAGUGGCAGCUCAUUCCAGACUUGCAAACCGACCCAACUACAGUGACAGAAACCCAGACAAACCUUACAGCGUACAUGACGACAAAUCCUCCGACACAAGGGCCUGAGGGUACACAAAAUGUUGAGACAACAGCUGAAGAUGACGAUAAGUCAACAGCAUUCCCGUCUUCCCAUGGCCAAGACCACGAAGCAAUGCCUGCUCAUAGACAAGACGAUCAACGAGCAAGCAGAAGGGAAAAACGUCUCCUGAGAAACCGCAUUGUCAACCAGGAACCUUGGAACUACGAGAUUGUCUAUAUUAUCAAAAUACAGCAUAUGUACAAGAAUGUGGCAAGAUCAUCACUGAUCGAAGGCGAGGAGAUGGAGCUGAAGACUCCCUACCCUGGAAGGGGAUACUGUGGUGUGGAGCUCAGAGCAGGAAAAUCCUAUCUCCUGGCUGGUGUGGUAGCAGGACAGGUCAACUUGUGUGACUGGGUUCAGGAAUACCGUCAUGUCUCUAAACUACAGAAGCGAGGCCUUAAAAACAAUUAUGGUCAGUCCUGUAGUAAAUGUCAGAUCAUGACCUGCCACGACCCAGAAUGUACUGGUACUCUUCCUCCUUCCACCUGUGCCUAUCUCCCACCACACGAGGAGGAGGACGACAUGAGGCAUGAGAUCGGCUACCGUGAUAACGACUGUCUCGCCAGGCACUCCAGAUGCUACUCCAAGGGGAGGAAGGCAGACAAGUGCGUCUGGACAACAAGUGGAGACAUGAAAAGUUGCCGGAGACAAAGUCGUCGAAAUUAGACGCCAGAUGGGGUUCCGGUAUUAAUGUGAGGCAGGAUGUAUUGUGUAGGUGGAGAUGUGUGAUCAGCCUUGGGUGUCUCUCUGUAUAUCUACAGCUUUGGCUGAAAGUAGUUUGCCAGUGGGCUGUAGCCACAGCCAAAAACAUAUCUUAUCACUGCUUUUCAUUAAUCAUUGCACGCAGGUGAAUAAAGCCAAAUAAAGAGUUUGAAAAACAACUGUACCAACCAUGAAAACACCGUAAAUGGUACACUGAAAAUUGAAAGUACUGGAAUUUACAAAACCAUUAUGUAAAAUAUAUUCAUUUAUGUUACACUUUUCUUUUGAUUGGUUUAAAUUGGUAGUAUUUACUUGAUGAUAUUGCUGUGAUUUUAGUUACAUUUUAUUACAAAAGUGAACAGAAAUAUUAGCAUAAACAUGAUAUUCAUUUCAUUUUAUUCCUACAUGCAAGUCUACAAGAAACAAGAAUUCUUUGGAAUGUUUUAUUGAUUCAUAGGGCAGAAUGAUUUAUGUAUCAACACUUUCCAAAUGGUUACCCUACUUUCAAAAUUGUCCACACUGACCACAUGGUUUUUAACAGCUAAUCUCAGCAUUUGACUGUGAGGCUUCAUUUUGAAACGAACGGCCCUCAUGGCCUUACUCGUCAACCACAGCAGAAACCCAAGUUAAAUGUCAACAGAAAGUGGAAUUAAUAUCCUGUAAUGCAAUCACUCUGACAGAAUGCCGGUUUUCAACUUACGUAUAAUCAUUCACUAUUAUUGGAUUACCCUAUUUGACACCCCCUUCCCGACAUACUUUGCCCAUUUCAAAUGUGAGUGUCAACAUUUUUCACAAGAGAAAGUUAAUUUUAUAUUUAUCACGAGUUGGCAAGAGAGGGCAGCAGACAACGUAAACUGAAACUCACCACAAGCACCUUUGGAGCGAAGUGAAUACUUCAAGGAUCUUUAAAUUCUGCUACGGUUCCAUUUCACAGAACUUUUGAACACCAACAAGUUUUUUAAUUAUUUAAAAUGAUUUAAAAUCAAAAUGCAAUGAAUUGUUAGUUCAUUUUUACUAAACUGAUAUAUGUACACUCUGUAGCUUUCUCAAAUAAUCAACGAUGCAUGUGGUUAUGUAACUUUCA